UUAGUUUUUUCCCUCUCCCUUGCUUGGUUGAAUUUCAUAUAGGCUACAGUGGAUCUUUUCUCAAAGCUUUAUAAACACAUUUUUUGAUACUACAACUAAUUGAGAGAGCACUGAUUACUGAAAGGAUUUUUUUUUUUUGUAAGCAAGAUAUUUAAUUUGGCCAUUACAAUGGCAGAAGAAGUUUCAGAUUGCCAUGAGCUUCGGUUAGUGUUGUUAGGAAGUUUUCAUAGUGGUAAGAGUAAAUUGGCACACUCAUUUUUAAACAUUAACUAUCAGUCUGACCAAAUGACCACACAGUGUGUGAAGAUGGAAGGACACAUACAUGGCAGGAAAAUCAUUCUUGUGGACACCCCAGGCUGGUGGAAAUGGUUUCAGUUAUGUGACUACCCCGAGCGUCUGAAAGCAGAGCUUAUUAAAAGCACCACUUUCUGUCCACCGGGACCUCAUGUUUUUCUUCUGGUGAUAGAGGUUGAAUUCUCUUUCUCAGAAAAGCACAGAAAAGUAGCCGAGGACCAUAUGGAGCUUUUUGCUGGCGACAUUUGGAAUCACACCAUAAUAGUCUUCACAAAACUCAAACAUUUGGAUGACAAAACUAUAGAGCAGUAUGUCGAACGUGAAGGGGAAAAUUUAAACAAGCUUACUCAAAAAUGUGGAAACAGAUAUGUUGGCUUUGACAGUGACCUUGAUAUAGAAGGUUCUCAUGUGAAGGAACUAUUUGGGCAGAUAGAGAAACUUGUUGCUGAAAACAAUGGCCGCUGUUUUGAAGCUGAUGCAACAAGGCUGAUGGAUAUGAAGAUUAAAAUGAAAAAUGUGGAAGAGAAAGCAGCUGUCAGAGAACUCAAAGUUUUGAAGAAGAGAAGGAAACUGGAGGAAAUUAAAAAUGCAGAUGCAAAGCAUAGUUCCACACCUCUGAACAUUGUGCUGCUGGGUUGGGUCUUAUCAGGCAAGACAUUAAGUGCCAGUGUCAUCCUGGGUGCUGAAACUUCAUUUGACAGGACUGUGAAGUGUGUGAGAACAUGUGGCGUGGUGAAUGGAAGACAGAUCACUGUGGUGGACACACCAAGCUGGUGGAAGUUCCUUCCUCACCAACUGAAUGCAGAUUCAGUGAAAACUGAGAUUUUGAAGGCAAUGGCUUCUUCUCCCCAUGCAGUCCUCUUGGUUAUACCAGCAGACACAUCAUUUUUGGAAGAGCAGAUGGAAGUCAUAUUAGAAAACGUGAGACCACUUGGAGAAAAUGUCUGGAGGCAAACCAUAGUGCUCUUCACAUUUGGAGAAUCAUUGGGAAAUAAAUCAAUUGAAUAUCACAUUGAAAGUGAAGGGGACGCCCUUGUGAGACUCGUUGAGAUGUGUGGAAACAGAUAUCAUGUGUUUGAGAGCAUGAAAGAUGAUCGCACCCAAGUAAAUCAGUUAAUGGAGAAGAUUGACGAAAUGAUGGUGGAAAAUGCUCUUCUGAACAGCAGUGAAGAACAUCAGGGAAAGAAAAGGACGUUUCAAGAAAGUGAAACACUAUCAGAGUGGCUUCGAGUUGAGGAUGUAAAGAAAUUACUUAAUGAAGAAUGGGACAGGAGUGACAGUGUGAUGAAAGAGAUGUUGAAAACCAUGAGCCCACACAGAGUUGGCAGAAGAGAAGGGAGCAUAACUUUACCUCCCACUUUUAGUGGAGAAGAAAUAAAUCCAGCAUUACUUGUCAACAAACACCAGCUAAAAGAUGCACUUGAGAGGGAAUGGAAUCGCCGGGAUGCAUUUAACAGCUCUAGAAUGCAAAAACAACGGGACGACUAUACAGAGACGUCGUUAUGUGGCGAUGAAGAGGGUAUAAAGAUGUCUUUGUCCAGAGUGGAAAGAUGGCAGAGGCAUCAUUUUUCAGACUAUGGAAGUGUUUGAUGAAGCUAUGAUGAACUAGACAAACCUGAGUAGGAUAGUAAUGAAUAAUUAAAUGGCUAAGGCUAUUUGAAAAUGUAUUGUUUUAUUUUUGUCAUGCAGUUGUUAAAAAUCACAAGUGCAGUAGUCACUUUUACAGUAUUUUUCAUAAAUAUCACUAAAUACUUCCACAAGUUGUUAAACAAAUUUACUGUUGUUUAUCAUUGUUUUUAUUGUCUUACAUGUAAUUGAUCAGUAUUAACAAACACAAAGUAUUUAUGCAUAGCAAGCCACACUCUUAAAAAUAAAGGUGCUUUAAAAGGUUCUUCACACCGAUGCCAUAGAAGAACCAUUUUUGGUUCCUCAAAGAACCAUUCAGUCAAAGGUUCUUUAAAGAACCAUCUCUUUCUUACCUUUUUAUAAUCUGAAGAAUCUUCUUUCGCCACAAAGACACUUUUGUGAAACAGAAAUAUUCUUCAGAUGUUAGUUUCUGUAGAACCAUUUACACAAAAAAGGU